AUGCUAUCUUCUGACCUGAACACCAUCUGGGCCUGGAAUGCCACCGUGCCUGCUGUGGUAGAAAGAUGUGUACACGACAUAUUCAUUGAGAUUGCACAUGAACAGCCAGAAUCCCCAGCAAUAUGCGCCUGUGAUGGUGAACUCACCUACGGACAACUAGACGAGCUUUCUUCUCGGCUCGCUAGAUCUCUCAUUGAGGUGGGCAUAUGCCCAGGCACGAUAGUACCACUAUGCUUUGAGAAGUCUAUGUGGAUGCCGGUGGCUAUGCUUGGCGUGAUGAAGGCCGGUGGAGCAUCAGUAGCCCUUGAUACUUCUCAACCAGUUGAGAGGCUGUUGGGUAUCAUUCAGCAGGUUGGCUCACAAGUGAUCCUAACCUCUUCUUUGAAUUAUGAGUUGGCAUCCAUACUCACAAAAUCCACACCGAUCAUUGUGGAUAGAGGAUCUCUUAUAACCCAUCAGUUCAAGACAACAAUGGGGAAAGAUGAUUCUACUCAUCUUGCCAGUGUGUCUACGAAGCCCAGUGAUCUACUGUACGUGGUUUUCACCUCUGGCAGCACGGGUACUCCAAAGGGAGCAAUGAUCACGCAUUCCAAUUUCUCCAGUGCAGCUCGGUAUCAGCAGCCAUUCUUACAUCUGCACCGGCACUCACGAAUUUACGACUUUGCCUCGUACAGCUUUGAUGUAUCUUGGUCAAACUUUCUAAACGCAAUAACCUCUGGAGGAUGCUUGUGUAUCCCAUCAGAACAUGAUAGAAAGAAUAGGAUCGAGGAUUCUAUGAGAGAACUGCGAGCCAAUUAUGUCGAAUUCACUCCAUCAGUUGCUGAGCUUCUCAAUCCAGAGCUCCUACCAAAACUCGACGUUCUGCUGCUUGGUGGUGAGCUUUUAGUGCAAGAACGUCUCUCAUGCAUUCAUGCCCCUCUUAAUGUCAUUAAUACAUAUGGGCCAGCAGAGUGUACAAUUACCAGUACAGGGGUCAAGGUUGAGCCUGGUGGCCCCGAUAUCAAGAGCAUCGGACGAGGUCUAGGAACAACUACCUGGGUUGUCGACCCUAACAACCACAACCAGUUGGUUCACCUCGGGGAUGUCGGCGAGUUGCUGAUUGAAGGCCCGCUAGUAGGCCAAGGCUAUCUUAAUGAUCCAGCCAAGACAGAAGCUGCAUUCAUCGACAGUCCGCCGUGGCUUUUACGAGGCGGAACUCAUGUCCCCGGUCGUCAUGGUCACCUGUAUAAGACAGGGGAUCUAGUGCGAUACAAUGAGGAUGGAACACUCUCUUUCCUGGGGCGCAAGGACGACCAAGUCAAGAUUCGUGGCCAAAGAGUAGAGCUGGGCGAGGUCGAGCAUCAUAUACGGCAACUGCUGCCUUCUGCAGAGGUAACGCAAGUUGCUGCAGAAGUCAUCUCACCGGAAGGCAUCAGUACAGAAGCUCUUAUUGCAUUUAUUGUAUUAGGCGGUUCAGCGACUCUUUCCGAGGACCAAGUUCAGGUCAAAAUGGCUGUGCUGACAGCAACCUUGAACGAGACGCUGGCCCAACAAGUGCCCUCAUAUAUGAUUCCAAACGCGUAUGUUCCGUUGACCGCCAUCCCUAUCACGCCCAAUGGGAAAACAGACAGGCGACGCCUCCGUGAAGAAGGUCGCCUGCUUAUCGCGAGCAGUUUCGUUCGCGAUAGCUCUACUUGCCCUCAGCUUUCAGAUCUUCAGACAUGGUUGGCUGGCUUAUGGGCACAGGCUGUCAAAAUUCCGCAUUUGGUGGUUGGGCCGCUAGAUAACUUCUUCACAAUCGGAGGUGACUCAAUUGGUGCUAUGCGGCUCGUCUCCCUAGCGAGAAACGAAGGGGUCACGUUGACAGUCUCUGAAGUCUUCCUUCACCCUACACUCCAACAGAUGGCUUCAAAGUUGGAGGCACUUUCCUUGUCUCGCGGUGAGAGUCCGAGUACUGAGUUUUCCCAAGAAACAUUGGCAACUACUAUAUCAGAGGUGUCAUCCACCAUUCUUCCUGAAUACCUUGAUAGACUUGGUCCCGUGGAGGAUGUUUUCCCGUGUACACCUCUUCAAUCAGCCCUUUUUUCGCUUUCUGAGCAGGAUCCUCACCUCUACCUUGGGCAGCACAUAUUCAGACUACAUCAGUCUACCGAUAUUCCUAGGUUCAAAUACGCAGUGGAGCAAGUCAUGCGAGCAUCGCCAAUUCUGCGGACAGCCAUUGUCCCUAGUGAAGACCGCCUAAACACACUACUGCAGGCAGUAGUCCGACACAAUCGAGUUUACUGGACUCAGUAUAGUGGCUUACUCAACCAGUUCCUCCUGAAGGAUGUACAGAAACCCUUUAGUUGUGGCGAUCUGAUGACUCGGGUUGCUUUAGUGACAGAUGGAGACAGCUUAAAUCCAUCCACGUAUUUUGUGCUUACCGCCCACCACGCAGUCUAUGAUGGCUGGUCACUAUCUCUACAGAUGAAAAACGUCGACCGAGUCUACAGAGGGUUAGAAAUACCACCGAGUGUUCCUUUCAAGGACUUUGUUCAAGGGAUACCUCUUCCCCUUGGAGAAGAUGCUUAUUGGAAGCAGCAAUUUGACGCCUUCAAUGGCUCACAUUUCCCUCCACUGCCCUCUGCGGAGUACAAGCCUAUCACUCAGGCUUCCAUACGAAUGAAUUUGGACAUUGACAGACAGAAGCCGUCUUCAUUCACCAUAGGGACACUUUUACGCGCUGCAUGGGCUGUUACUGCAGCAACUUAUUCGAACUCGGAUGAUGUGGUGUUCGGCUCAACCUUGUCCGGCAGAAAUGUCGAUUUCGAAGGAAUUGAGCACGUAAACGGUCCGACGUUUACCACUGUUCCGCUCCGUCUAUAUCCCUCUCGCAACAAGUCCGUCUUUGACCUGCUCUCGGAGGUGCAAAGGGAGAGCGCGCAAAUGAUUCCUUUCGAGCAUACUGGUCUAGCAAAGAUUGCCAGAAUGAGUCCUUACGCAAAGAUGGCCUGUGGUUUCAAGACCUUGUUUGUGAUUCAGCCUUUAGAUGAGGGUGAGCCAUUUGUCUCCUUUGAGGAGGUUGCAGGUCAAAUCAACUACUCAUACGCACUUGUUCUGGAGUGCAAUCUCACCUCAGAUGGCGUGUAUCUGCAUGCAAUGUACGAUCCGAAAGUUCUUGACGAGCCGCAAACGAAGAGAGUUUGUUUGAAAUUUAAAGACAUUGUCCAGCAGAUGGGUCGGGAAUCCCCGCAACAGAAGGUGGGCGAGCUACGCGGCGCCGAGAGGCACGAUUUUGUCGAAAUGCUUAGCUGGGUCAAAUUCAUUCCAGAGUCUCAUGGGUUUAUUCACCACGCUAUCAGUGAUCAUGCUCUAAAUCUAUCUUCGAGUGAGGCAAUCUGUGCCUGGGACGGCCGGAUGACCUACGCUGAGCUGGACAGCUAUUCCUCGGCGUUAGCAGAGUACCUCAUAUAUGUUGAUACUAGGCCAGCACAAAUGAUCCCGAUGCUGAUGGAAAAGUCAAAGUGGGCGGUUGUUUCGAUUCUGGCUAUUCUCAAGGCUGGUGGCAUCUACGUGCCUUUGGACCCAAAUUAUCCACAGGCACGAUUGAGAGCCGUUACAGCUCAAAUAGAUGCACAAACAUGUCUCACAUCUUUGAAACAAAAGGCGAUAAGCUCCAAGCUUUUCUCAGCCUCAAUAGUUGUCGAAGAAUUCUUCCAUUCAGCCGUGUUAAACAAUAUGAGUAGCUCCUGGAAGAAAUUGACCAUGACUCCCUCAAGCGGAGCUUAUACAAUCUUCACAUCUGGAAGCACCGGCGAGCCUAAAGGAGUUAUAGUCGAGCAUAAGGCGUUGAUGCAUAGUGCCAGAGAACAUGGCAAAGCCUUUAGAAUGUCUUGCACAUCUCGAACGCUUCAGUUCUGUUCCUUCACAUUCGAUGUUUCGCUGGCUGAAAUCUUAACAACACUACUUUAUGGCGGUUGCGUGUGUAUUCCAUCCGACUCAGAGCGAUUGGAUAAUUUAUCCCGAGUUAUUGCGCGUUUCGGUGUCAACUGUGCCCUCCUAACUCCAUCUGUAGCGAGCACCAUGACUCCCAAAGCUGUUCCAACUCUCAAAUCGUUGAUCCUGUGCGGAGAGCCAAUGAACGACAGCCACGUUAGCAUGUGGUCCAAAGCGUUGCAUUUAAUAAAUGGCUAUGGGCCGACUGAAUGCGCCAUCUUCAGUGUUAUUAACACAUCGGGGAUGAUAGAAUCAGAUCCUACUAUUAUUGGUUACGCAACCGGUUGUAAUGCAUGGGUCGUCGAUUCUACGGAUCACAAUAUUCUCUUACCAAUUGGCGCAAUUGGUGAGCUUCUUCUAGAAGGGCCAUUGCUUGCCCGCGGUUACCUCAAUGAUUUGGGGAAAACAGAGGCGUCCUUUGUCGAGGUUUCAAGCUGGACUUCCAUGGCCGGGCUCAGCCAUGGGACAAGGUUUUAUAAAACUGGUGAUCUCGUUCGGUUGAACAAUGACGGCACUCUUACAUACAUCGGGCGAAAAGACCUUCAAAUAAAACUUCACGGGCAACGGAUGGAGAUUGCAGAUGUUGAAUCUCAUCUACGCCAGGUUUUUGGCUACCGCCAAGAUGUCAUCGAGGUCUAUGCCGAUAUCGUGAAGCCAUAUGGAAGUGUUGAUCCUCAUCUUGCCGCAUUUUUCCGUCUGAAACAAGGCGUAGAUAUACAUGAUCAAUGCUUCCCUGGUAGCGAAAAAGACGCUAUCGCGACCUUAUUCAAUGAUGCCAAACGGCAGUUGCUUGCACGUAUACCAAGACACAUGGUACCUACGUUGUUUGUGCCUGUCAAAUCACUGCCAGUUACGUCUGCAGGCAAGCUGGAUAGAAAGACUUUGAGAGACAUGGCUUCUAGAUUAACGACACAAGAGCUCACGCGGUUCACCACAACGGAAAAGACACACACAAACCCUGAGAACGAACUGGAACGCAAGAUGCAGGACAUUUGGUCUAUUGCGCUUGGGAUGGACAAAUCGCUCAUUGGAAGAGGAGACAACUUCUUCGAACUCGGUGGAGAUUCCCUGUCAGCUUUACGUGUAGCCGUAAAAGCGCAGGCUGAGGGCAUAUCUAUCUUGACAUCUGAUGUAUUCAGAAAUCCGGUCCUAGCACCCCUUUGCGGUAUGGUCAGUUCCAAGAAGGAACAUGGUGGAGUUGUACAAAACAACGACAAGAACGCAUUGGUAGGACGACUAGCAAGCGAAGAGGAUAUCAAUACUAUCAGUCGGCAGCUCGGGAUCGAGGCUGAUGCUAUAGAAGACAUAUACGAGGCAACAAGCUACCAGAGUUUUGCUACUGUCACAACAAUGUUGAAGAGUCGAGGCAAUAUAAAUUAUUACUGCUUCAUUCUUGACGGACCUGUGGAUCAAAGACGCCUUCGCCAGGCAUGCCGCAAAAUCUUCGAGCACCAUAAUCUCCUUAGAACAGUCUUUACAGCCUCCCGGAGGCGAGCGCUACAGGUGGUACUGAAAUCACCAGAGUUUGUAUUUGAGCACUUUGACAAUAUCAACGAUCCGAAAGGCUUUGCAAAGGUGAUGAUCGACGACGAUUCCAAGGUGCCAGUACGGUUGGGUGAUCUCAUGACUCGGUUUGCUUUAUAUCAAAAUGGCGAUGAGCAAUCUGUCCUGCUCAUGAGGCUAUCCCAUGCGCAAUACGAUGGAGUCUCUCUAGGGAGAAUGAAGACCAACCUUGAGAACGAGUAUAAUGGACUGCGCUUACUAUCUGGGCCCAAGUUUGUGGAUUAUUUCCAUUACGCAAACACUUCUGCGGCAGAGACGUUCUGGACCGAGUAUCUCAAAGGCUCCAAGAUGACACAGCUGGUUAAUCACCAGGGCCCUGCCUAUCGUAAUAUCUUUGACUACCUGCUCGAGCGGCGAAUUCCGGCAAGGUCAUUGAGAUAUAGAGGUAUAACUGACGCCAGUCUUGCCAAGGCGGCCUGGGCAUACACCCUGGCGCUUUUGACAGGCAGUCUGGAUGUUGUUUUCGGGGUCCUUACGUCUGGGCGAAACGCUGCCAUACCAGGCAUUGAAGCCAUCGAGGGUCCCACCGUGAAUCAGAUGCCGUCCCGCGUCCAACUGCAAAAAGGAGGCACGGUGAUGGAUCUGCUGCGAAACGUCCAGGAGCAACAAGUCAUGACGAUGCCCUAUGAGUCGACCCCAUUCUCCCAUAUCAUAGAGAAAUACACAAACUGGCCCAAGUGGAGUCGCUUUUCAUCCAUCGUCCAUCAUGCAUCUAUUCUCGACAUCAAGUCGAUGAAACUAGGCGAUACAGGGUGCAGAAUCGAGUGCUUCUCCAACGAGACUGACACAACAGAUAUCUGGGUUCGGUCGAAUUUUAUUGAUGAUCAUUUCCAUAUCAUUCUGGCCGCAUCUAGCAUCACAAUCCCGCAGGAUCUCUUACAAGUUAUAAUGGACAUUUUCUGUGAGAAGAUUGCGGAAUUCGCGUCUGAUCCUGACGCUGCAUUGGAAGACCCAUUGGCACAGAGAGUCGCGGACUCUAGGAUACCGCAGUUUCCUAAAAACACACUACCAUCACGUCCUCAACUGAGCCAAGACGUAGAUUUCGUUUACUCUCCAUUUAGAGCGCUGGUAGAGAAAGCCUGGGAUGAGAUAUUGUGCAUCCACGAGACGGAGUUUACAGAGCAGGAUGUCGAGAUAACACCAGACACGGCGUUCUUUGACGUCUGGGGGGAUAUGUUGGCGGCACAACAGUUUGCAGAUUUCUAUAAUACGCACACUACGAAGACUAUACUGCUGGAGGAUAUUGUCGAUUACCCGAGUAUGAGAGGCCAUGUGUUUUUACUCGGUUAA